AGUGUUAUAUAAAUGUAAAAAGUGAAACAAAGUUGCGGUAUAAAAGAUAACUUUUUAAUAAUGUUCUACUAGUAAGAUGUUUACAAGCUCCAAAGGUUGGAAGAAUCCACUUUUACUUGUUUGCUCCACUUUUGAGCAAACUGUUCAAAAGCUCGCUUUUGAAAUUGCGGCUUUUCAUGACGUGAUGUCAUCACACACACACACACACACACCGCAACAGCUCGCUUAAAUGAGCCCACCCUACUCAUACACGAAGACUACUUUGUAAAAAAAAAUAAAAAAAAAAAAAACGCAAAGCUAUCGCUCGCCUGGCUGCGGGCUUUUAUUUUGAAACUUUUGAAACGGGCGGUUGUUUGGGACGCGCGGACACGGACGUGCGCGCGCCGAGCCAGACACGCACAUUUCCUCCAGUCGCCGCCAGCCUGACGUGACUCGUGGUGUGGACUCGUAGUUGUGACACUUGUCUACUGGGCGGAGAUGAUCCAGAUUAUCUAGACGAGGAAUAAUCGUCAUCUGCAAGUCCUACUGUCCGUCUUCGUCCUGCCAUGAACUCGUCCGCCUCCAUCACGUCCCUGUUCUCUUUCACCAGCCCGGCGGUCAAGCGCUUGCUGGGCUGGAAGCAAGGCGAUGAGGAGGAGAAGUGGGCUGAGAAGGCGGUAGAUUCGCUGGUGAAGAAGCUGAAGAAGAAGAAAGGCGCCAUGGAGGAGCUGGAGAGAGCCCUCAGCUGUCCGGGACAGCCCAGCAAAUGCGUGACCAUCCCUCGCUCGCUGGACGGCAGGCUGCAGGUGUCUCACCGCAAAGGUCUUCCUCACGUCAUCUACUGCCGAGUGUGGCGCUGGCCCGACCUGCAGUCCCACCAUGAGCUCAAAGCCCUCGAUUGCUGCGAGUUCCCCUUCGGCUCCAAGCAGAAGGACAUCUGCGUCAACCCGUACCACUACAGACGUGUGGAAACGCCAGUGCUGCCACCCGUCCUCGUCCCCCGCCACAGCGAGUUCAACCCCCAGCACAGCCUACUGGCAAAGUUCCGCAACGCCUCUCUGCACAACGAGCCUCUGAUGCCGCAGAACGCCACCUACCCAGAAUCCUUCCCUGCGCUGCCGUGCUCGUCCUUCUCCUCGUCUUCUUCCUCGUCUCUCGCCCAGUCUCCUUCCUCGCAGAGCUACCCCGACUCCCCCGCCAGCUCCGCCGAGCCAGGCAGCCCCUACCACAUCGCAGCAGAGACGCCGCCUCCUCCGUACAGCAUGAUGGAGACGAGCCCCCAAGAGGACGUGAAGCCGGCCAACACCCCAGAAACCACCAAACUCACCUUCUCCGCUCCACACAGAGAUUUGCGUCCGGUGUGCUACGAGGAGCCCGAGUACUGGUGCUCCAUCGCAUACUACGAGCUCAACAACAGGGUGGGGGAGACGUUUCACGCAUCGUCGCGCAGCAUGCUGGUGGAUGGAUUCACAGACCCAUCCAACAACAAGAACCGUUUCUGCCUCGGCCUGCUGUCCAAUGUCAACCGCAACUCCACCAUCGAGCACACGCGCCGCCACAUCGGCAAAGGGCUACACUUGUACUACGUGGGCGGCGAGGUGUACGCAGAGUGCCUGAGCGACAGCAGCAUCUUUGUGCAGAGCCGAAACUGCAACUUCCAGCACGGCUUCCACGCCACCACUGUGUGCAAGAUCCCCAGCGGCUGCAGCCUGAAGAUUUUCAACAACCAGCUCUUCGCUCAGCUGCUAGCCCAGUCUGUCAACCACGGCUUCGAGGUGGUCUACGAGCUGACCAAGAUGUGCACCAUCCGCAUGAGCUUUGUCAAGGGCUGGGGGGCAGAGUACCACCGUCAGGACGUGACUAGCACCCCCUGCUGGAUUGAGGUGCAUCUGCACGGGCCCCUGCAGUGGUUGGACAAGGUCCUCACCCAAAUGGGAUCGCCACACAACCCCAUUUCCUCCGUGUCCUAGCAGGCGCUUGGUUCUUCGCACAGCUUCUCCUACUUUCCGGAAGGUUCCGCCACGUUCCAAAGCCCAAAAUGUCCCCUACUGUUUACUGUAAGACUGAAUUUCAUUUAGCUUGUUGACUAAUGAUGCAGCCGGUAGUUGUGUUGUGUUUCUGUGGCACUUGGUGUGAUACGUCUUUUAAAUAUUAUGUAUUUUAACUUACUGACCAAUGUUUGGAUUAUAUGCGCUGGUUGCUUUGUACUUCUAUUAAAAGGUUUUUUUUCCAA